AUGUCGAUGAACGACGGUGAAGUACAUCUAUUACCUUUAAUUGAUAAUAAUGAUUUCGAUAAUUCGUCAAGUGAAUCAGAAGAUGAUGAUUCCAUCGAAGUCGUGUCAAAUGUGGAUGAAGAAGAGAACAAAAUUAUUGAUAUAACAAAAUAUUUAACAUUUAGCUCCGAUGAUGAAUCGGAAAUUGAUGAUAAUACUAAUGAUAUUAUAUUACUUGAUAAUCAUGUUGUUCAAUGCUGUAACACUAAUGAUCGUAUUCAAAGUUCUGUAUCUGAUGGUACAUGUUUAGAUUCUGGUUCUAAUGUAUCAGAUGAUGAUGUAAAUGAAAAUCACUUAUCCAAUGAAUGUACCACUAAUUCAACAUCAUAUUCAUUACCAGUUACAACUGACGUCAAUGGAUUUAAUAAUGAUACGAAAAAAACUUCGAAACGUAAACGUCGUCAGUGGUCGAUAGUUGAAAAGCUUAAUGCUAUUAAUACUUUCAAAUCUAAUGGAAAUACACAUCGAACUGCUAUUGAACAUGGCUGUACAACAGCUCAAUUACGAAAAUGGUUGAAGUGUGAAAAUGAAUUACUCAAUAUUGUAAAAAGUCGUAAACGACGCAGAUUAGGUGGUGCUGGGAAAAAGUUGAAAUAA